GGAGGUGGACAAAUGUGUGUAGGGGGCGAUUUCGGAUUUUGUGGGUUUGUGUCGCGGAAGUAUUGCGAGUCGGAUUUUUUUGAGUCUGCUCCGCCCACCCCCACAGAGCAGAGCGGUGCAGGCGGCCCUGGCAAGUCAGUUUGAAAAGAUCAGACAAAGGCAGCAGGAAGCCCCUCGGCUCGGCAAUGCGUGCGAGCGGAGCGCACAGGCGAGAGCGGAAAACUCCGAGCUCCGGCGUGCUUGCUUUCUUUCUGUCCUCCUUUUUUUCUUUGGGUUACCGGCUCCAGGCUUAAUUUGUGAUCAACGUUUUAGUUCGGAGGGACGAAGGAGGAAACAUGUACGACCGACUGGAUCCUCGCGCGGAGCCGAUACGGGCAGCGUCGUGUGAGAAACCCACCAACUGACCGACCGCUUCCCGCUCCAAUUUCACUACCGACCUCCAGCGCGCGCCCUGGGAAUCGACCCAUUUCCACUCACUUAAAUGUAGAAAAAAAGAGAGAAGGAAAAAGCAACGGAGGAUUUCUUAAUUAUUAUAAUUAUUUAUUGUAAUUCCUUAAACCCCCUCCUCCUUCUUUCCUUGAGCUGGGAAGGGAAGUGAACUUGUGGGUCGCGUGCACGUCUUCUUCUCUUCCCUCUGCCCAGGCGCGCGCGCGCCCGUGUGCGUGUGUGUUUAAGAUGGAGACGCACGUCUCGUGUCUCUUUCCUGAGAUUUUGGCCAUGAUCUUCAGCUACUUGGACGUGAGGGACAAAGGCAGAGUGGCCCAAGUGUGCACGGCGUGGAGAGACGCGUCCUACCACAAGUCGGUGUGGAGGGGGGUGGAAGCCAAGCUUCAUCUCAGAAGGGCCAACCCGUCCCUGUUCCCCAGCCUUCAGGCCCGGGGCAUCCGGCGUGUGCAGAUCCUGAGCCUGAGGCGCAGCCUGAGCUAUGUGAUCCAGGGCAUGCCGAACAUCGAGAGCCUGAACCUGAGCGGCUGCUACAACCUGACUGACAACGGCCUGGGGCACGCUUUCGUCCAGGAGAUCUCCUCAUUACGGGUUCUCAACCUGAGCCUGUGCAAGCAGAUUACGGACUCCAGCUUGGGCAGGAUAGCUCAGUACCUGAAGAACUUGGAGGUGCUAGAGCUAGGGGGUUGCAGCAACAUCACGAACACCGGCUUGCUCCUGAUCGCGUGGGGCUUGCACAGGCUCAAGAGCCUGAACCUCCGAAGCUGCAGGCACGUCUCUGACGUGGGCAUCGGACACCUCGCGGGCAUGACCCGGAGCGCAGCUGAGGGAUGCCUCAGCCUGGAGUACUUAACGCUUCAGGACUGUCAAAAACUCACAGACCUGUCUCUCAAGCACAUCUCCAAAGGACUGGCUAGACUCAAAGUUCUCAACCUGAGCUUCUGCGGGGGUAUCUCGGACGCCGGUAUGAUCCACCUGUCCCACAUGACCAGCCUGUGGAGCCUUAACCUGCGCUCGUGCGACAAUAUCAGCGACACGGGACUCAUGCAUCUCGCCAUGGGGACGCUACGGCUUUCCGGCUUGGACGUGUCGUUCUGCGACAAGAUCGGCGACCAGAGUCUGGCGUACGUCGCCCAGGGCCUGUACCAGCUCAAGUCCCUGUCGUUGUGCUCGUGCCACAUAAGCGACGACGGCAUCAACCGGAUGGUGCGCCAGAUGCACGAGUUGAGGACUCUGAACAUUGGCCAAUGCGUACGGAUUACAGACAAAGGCCUGGAGCUCAUAGCGGACCAUCUGACCCAGCUGACCGGCAUCGAUUUGUAUGGAUGUACAAAAAUUACUAAGAGGGGACUGGAGAGGAUAACGCAGCUCCCCUGCCUUAAAGUUUUGAACCUGGGCCUUUGGCAGAUGACUGAAAGCGAGAAAGUGCGGUAAAACUCGGGUGAGAUUUGUGCAGGGGAGGGGGAGGGGCGUGACGUGGGUGGGGAGUUUACAUUAUUCUAAACGUGGGGGGAAAUCCGGCGUGGAUUAACGACAAACACAAACAGUAUUUCAUCUGGCGUUUUAUUAACCCAUCUGAUCAGUCAGAGCGUUGUGCGACACUGUACAAAAAAAAAAGUUGUAAUCCUUAACCGGUUGCAAUUGUAGCCUUUAUCAUAUCUUUCCCUACUAAAGCGUUUCGGCUACCUCGUACCUGCGUUUUAAAAAAAAAUCUUAUCCUCAAAUUAAAAUUAAAAAAGAGGAAGACUGAUAAAGAGAUAAAUUGUGCCUAGGAAGCAGAAACCCCCUCCCCCCUGCUCAAUCUUUGCCUGAGAAUAGCAUAAAAAAGGAAAGAAAAAGAAAACAGAAUGGCUUAACUACCUUUGUUAAAUUUUUUUUUUUUGCCCAAAUUGACCAACAAAAGACUGAAAUGAGGCGAAGAGUCAAAGCACAGAUUGUUUUUUUUUUUUUAGCUCGGACUGAAUUGAGUUUAUGCAAAGACGGAUGAAUACUGGUUUGUAUACAAAGAGCUUUUUAUAUCUAUAAAUAUAUAAAUAUAUUUUUCAUCCUGUUUAGUUUUGGAAUGAAGGCCUUUGCGAAAGCCUUUUUCUGAUUCAAGCUUUGAAUAAGAGGUCCGCUCUGCUGAUGUAUUCAUGCUUAUGUAAGCAGAUAUUGUUUAAUUAACAAAUUAACGGCUGUUAUUCAGAGCAUUUUACUUCAGAGCAUCGUACUUCAAAUUGAAGUGAAGUUUUUUGUUUUCUUUCUUUUUUUUUUUUUUAUUUCCGAACUGAAGGAAUAUCCACGUCAGUAGCUAAUUCUACAGUCACAUUGUUAUUGUUUUUAUUAUUCGCUUCCUCGAUAGACUAGAGGUCACAACACCAAAAAAAAACGACAGCAUACUGUUUUUUUUUUUUCCCCGUUUUUUUUUUGUUUGUUUUUUUUGUUGUUUUUUUCUUUGUUGUUGUUGUUUUUUGUCAAUCGAGCUAAAUAUUGCAAAAAUGAUCCGGAAGCAAUUUUUUGUUUAGGUCUUUGUUUUUUGUUGUUUUUUUUUUUUUUGGGGGGUCCCUAUUUCGGGUAAGAAGCAUCGCGUAUCAGGCCUGUGUGAUAUGAUAUGAUGUGCCGAGUCCUGCUGAAGAGCUACUGUGUUUUAAAUGUACUGUAUGUAUUUGUAAAGAGGAAAAAGGAGAAAUCUCAAAUUGUUUUAUAUUCUUACAGUAAACAUUAAAAGUUGAUAUUUAUAUAAUUAAAAAAUGAGAAAAAAGGACGACUUGGGAUUUGUAUCUCGGCGGAAUUCGAAUUGAUUUGAUUGAUUUAAUUGAGGGGAUAUAAUAAGGCAUGCUUUAGCGUAUAUAUGUGUGUAUAUAUAAUAUAUAUGAGCUGAUAUCGAGAGCUGAAAGCUGUUGAUUCGGGCUAGAAAUGAUUAUUAAUGGUAAUAAUUAUUCUGAUGCUCGUCAGCUGUUAUUGUUUACAGCCGCACAAAAUGGAUGCUUCUUGUUUUUUUUUUUUUGCAUGUUAGGGGGAAGCUUCAGCAAUUAGUCAGAAUUACAACCCCGGUUUUUAUACUCAAAAGCAUCAUCCCGUUUCUCUCAGGAACGUCGCUUGCUUGCUUGCUUGCUUCCUCCCCCCCAAGCCGUAAAAAAACGGUAUAAAUGGUAAAAGUCUUUUCCGAAAUACGUGGUCUCGGUUAUGCAUAUCAGACAUGCCAUUUCGUCCCUCCUUUUUCCUUUCCUACCAA